AUGAGUUCCGCGAGUCGAGCCGCAGGGCUCUCCCCGACGUCUGGGGCGGCGUCAGAGCGUGGCCUCUCACCAGCUCGCGGACAGAAAAAGAUGAAAUUGCCGGCGGGCCCUGGCAUCUGUGCGUCUCGUCUGAGUAGCGAAAGCAGUCAGAUGGAGUCUUCCUCCCCCGGUCGUCGGCUGCAGGACAGAGUGCCCGCGACUGCAAGUGACUGUUCCCUAGCCGACGCUUCGUGGCCAGCUGAUCCUCUCAGUCGGCGCGACUCUGAGGACGGAGCGCCCCCGCAACUCCCCUGCGCCUGCCUCGCUUCUCGCUUCGGCGCCAAAUGCCCUCCUUCUGCGUCGCUAUCUCUGAAAGACAGGGAGCAAUUGUGGCAAGUCGUGGACACUCUGCGGGGCGUCCGCAGCCGCGGGUUCUCCGCCGACGCCUUCCGCGCUGCGGCGGAGACUCUCGGGGAGCGGAAAGGGCCUCUCCGCCGGGAUCGGUCGGGAGUGCCCCCUGACGACGAGAGCCCCAGCCUCGACGGCGAAGCUCCAGAGGGCAGGGCUGCUGGAAAGGACAGUGCUGGGGGGGAGGAGCGGUCAGCCUGGACGAACCCGACGCUUUUCUGUUCUCUUUUUCUUUCGCUGCGAUCCUUCUCGACGCGCAGGGCAGGAGACAACGCAGAAGGGUGUGAGCGUGUCGCCGAAGUCGAUACGAUUCGCCAUGCAGACAUCCCGCAGCGAGAGGCGCAUGGCGGGCGCUCGUUCGCUCUCAACUCGUCGCGUUGUGAGGCGGGUUGCCAGGAAAGUAAAUCCACAUUGAGGAGUUCAGAAGAGCCGCCUGCAGCCGGAAGCGCGGAGCGAAGCACAAACAGACGCUGCGAAGGAAGGCUAGAGGAAGCGGUGCAGGCGCCAGGGCCUCGGCCAGAAGAUGCGAGCGCGAGCGACCUCCUCUCAGCGUGCCGCGAGUUCAACAGCGGCUUUGAGAGUUUGGUUGAGCUCUCCACCUCGCUCCAGGCGCCCGUUCAAGACGAACGGGACUUUGCCGCCGCUUCAGGGAAGGACGCGGAAGAGCGGGGGACCCUCCCGCGCCAACCGGAAGAUGAUUCUGUUGAAAAAGACGGCCGCACCCAACACACUUCGCUUGUUCAUUGUCUCUUCUGCCGCUCGCUGCCAGGGUCCCGCGGGGGGUGCCACCACGGAGAGGCAGAGGCAGAAGAAAGGCACCCCGGCCAGGCUGGCACCUGGUGUAUCUGCAGGGGGCGGCGCGCGCUCGUCUCUCUCUUUUCUUGUUCCCCCAAGUCUUCGAAUUCCUCUCGUGCUGUGUCCUGUCCGUCUUCUUCGUCCUCUUGCCGGCUUCCGCGCCCUUUGUCUGACUCUGCAAGCGCCUCCGCGCGGCGGUCCUCCUGUGCGUCUUCUUUUCGCGUGAGCCCAUCGUCCCCUGCCACGGCGCUCGCCCUCGCAGGCGCUGUAGCCUUCUUCGCAGCCGUCGCUGAGCGGCUGCCUGCGCUCCUCUGCGCCCUUUCCCCUUCUGUCUCUCUCCUCCUCGCCGCCCUGCGACACUCUCUCGCCUCGCUCGAGUUACCCACGCCGUGGCGGCCUUCUGUCGCGCAGACUGGCGCGCGGCCGCCACUCUCCUGCCUGCCUGCCUCUGGCGAAGUUGUGGCCCUUCUGGCGGCGCUUCUUCCUGCCGUCUCCUGCACGCUGGUCGACGCCGCGUUGCUGCUGUCUUCGCCCUGCUCUCUGGGUUCGUGUGCCGCCGCUAGGCGUGCGAGAGAGUCUGAAGAACCCGAAGACCCCCACGACGCCGCAGCUCAUGCGCGAGACGCAUGCACGGCUGGGGGUGUCGCGGACGAAGGCCCUGUGUCCGCGCAGGCCGGCGAGGUUUUCCUCGCCCUCGGGGCUUUGCAGUCGGAGCUGUUCGCUGAGACGGUUCAAACGGCUCUUCUGGCCCUCUACUUCUCGCACACUGCGAAGCCUGAGGGCGAGUUGCGCGCCCUCGAGAGGCUCGUGGACGUCGCUGCAGCGAUUGCCGCAGGCGCCUUUCAGGGGCCACGUACGGUGGAAGAGGGGCUCGGCGGAGGCGUCGAGUUUGCUGCCCAGUGCGUCAACGAGGGCGCGUGGGGAUGCGGCAUUUUGCCGCCGCCGUGCGAGAGCGAAGGGUACCGUUUGCUGUGUGAGCGGAAGCGGUGCCUCGCGGAGGCUCUGUGCGGGGGGGAAGGACUCUCGAGAGAAGAAAGUCGGCAGGGAAGCAGUUUCCUGUCGCGUGGCCCGAGUCUUCUGGCGGCUCUGAUUCGCCAGGCGUCAGCGGCUGCUCGCCCUCAUUCCUCUCGGCGGCCAGCGUUGACGCUCUACGCGCACGUUCGUGAAGAUCUUUCGCCUCUCCCUCCCUCUUCCUUCUCGCAUCUGUCCUUUUCUCGUGUCUCAUUUCCCCCGUCGUUUUCUGCACGGUCUCCCUGCGCGUCUCUCCCUCGCUCUGCAGUCGGCGACGCCUGCGCGGGCUCGCGUGCCGCCGAGGCCCUCCUGCAAGCCCACGCCUGGGGCGUUUCUCAGACUUUGCUGUAUUCUCUCUUCUCCGGUGCUUGUCUACACUCGUCGGCCCUCGAGAGGCAUCCCCGCGCGCUGGAGGGAACCUGGAGGCGGUUGUUUGCACUCGUUCGUCUUCGUUUGUCUGCUGGCUCUCGGUCUCUCCCCUUUUUCUGCGGCAGGACUUCCCCUCCCUUUCCUCCUCAGGGGUCCCUAGCCUCGCUGUCUUCCUGUCGCUCGCCUGCAGAAGCUUCUCCUGCCUCUGCUGCCUCGGCCCUGGCGUCGGCGGCCUCUGCUGCUUCGUCCGCGCGCUUUCCUUCUUUGCCUGUCUCGUCUGACUCUCGAGUGGGCCCCUUCGAAGCGCGAGUUGAAUGUCUCCGCUCCUCCGCUUUUGACUUUUGUCUGUGUUUGCGCGACGAUCUGCGGCACCCGCUCUCUUCUUUCUGUCAUCCUCUGGCCGGCUUGCCGCCUUCCCGAGUUGAGAGGGAGGACUCGUUGGCGGGUCUACUCUCGUAUUUUGUCCGUUCGCUUGCCGGCGAAGCGACGCGGGGCGAGGCCCCCCUCGAAAGUCUCCCAAGCUUCCUGUCGCUGCUGCUUCUUCGCUUGGCUGCGCAGCACCUCGCGCGGGUUGCCUCGCUGCUCGUCAGCCUCCUGCCUCGCGCGCCGCGGGCGUCUCGCCUGCGGAGAUCCCCAGAAGGGCAAACGCACGAAAAAGAAGGCUGGCUGGCGCCCUCAGGGGGAGCUGAAAAGACCAGCGCGUGCGGCCCGGGGGAAGCCAAGCACGCGGCGAUAGACAUUUCGGAGGACGGCAUGAAAGAUGAACUCCAUCGGGUCUCCCAGCUCUUCUGCUUCUACGCCGAUACGUUGAUGAGUCUCUAUCGAGGCCAGAGCCUCGGCGGAAGCAGAGCCGACCUUCCUCUCUCUCUCUCGUUGCUGCUGGAGCAUGCGCAGCAAGCGUGUCGAGGCAGGCGGCAGGGCGGGUGCGUUUCGUUUGACGCAGAACGGGCUUUCUUCGCCCCAAAAAGAAUGCGUUCGUCUGCAGGAGAGGCACCUGGGAGUCUCCGCGCGCCGCGCUCUGGCGACAGCGGCCAAAGCGCCGAGCGGCCGUCGUCUUCCUCUCUCUCCAACGCCCGCGCGAAAAAGCCGCGAGGAGAUCGCGAGCGCGCGAGCGCAGAAGAAGUCGGGGACGCGACGGCGGAGGAGCUCAGAGACGUCUGGCUGGAUGGCGUGUCCACGGCGUGUGGGGCUCCUCUUCCCAGUCCCGAAGAGGCGGGCGCCCCUCGCUCUCUCUUCGCUUUCCACGCCUCGACAGCCUUCCGGCGCUUCUUGAGAGCGUGGAUCAAGCUUGAGGCCCUCGCUGUCAGCCCUGAUCUGAAAACUUUCUUGCGCGACUGUAUGCAUGCUUCGUCCCCCGCGCGUUCCGGCGUCUCUCCCUCUUCGCCUCAGUCCUUCGCUCGCGCUCCUUCUUCGCGUGGUGAUUCCGCAGCGUGGACUCCCAGCGCAGAGAACGACCCUAUGCGCGGCUAUGCCGGACGGGCAAGUCCGCCUCGCCUCGCCUCUUCUCGCGCGUCCUCGUCCUCGGAGUCUGUCGGUCUUCUGUCUGCGGCGCAGUUAUCGGGCGGCCGAGCUCUCGACUCCGAACGCGCAGCGGAAGACCGCGGGUCGCGCGUCACUUGCGACACGCUCACCUCUGGGGCGCGUGCGUGUCUUCUUUGCUUCUUGGCCUGCGGCUCGCCGGCGGAGCGGGAGGCGUUUCGCCGCGAGCUCAGGGGUCUCGGCCCCCGCGAGGGAGUCCCUGCGCACCACGUGGACGGCUUGUUCCUCAAACUGAUCUUCCAGGUGCCGUCCUUCCUCGCGCAGACGGAGGGGCCGUCUCAGCGAGCUCGCGAGGGCCGAGAGGCACCUCACGGAGGCGCCGUGGAAAGAGAAAACGAGGAUGGACACGAGGGGGAGGAGGUCGAGGCAGCCCGUUCGGCGGACGGAGGAAGCAGUGACAUUAACAAGACGCAACCGAGCGACGAAGGAGAGAGCGCAGAGGCGCGAGAACUGACCUGGAGCGACGCAGAGGGGGACGUGGAAACGGGGGACGCGCGCGAGGGCAAACGUCAAGCGAUGAAGGCGCACAAAGGCGCAGGGCGUUUUCUGUCCGAUGCAGCACGCGAGUCUGGCUGGGAGUCAAGCGGCGCGUCGCUCCUGUCCACGCAAGGCAGAGCCGUUCUGUACGCUGUCCGUACACUUGAACAGUGGGCCCUCACGCACCCGUUCGAGUGCCGCGAGAAAUCCGCUCUCCUCGCUCCCCCGAAAUCCUCCUCGGCCUCGUGGAGCGCCUCCGCGUCCGCUCUCUCUGGCUGGGCGCAGGAGGGAAAAGUCUUCUUCCCUCUUGCGGCCAGCGCACCCCUUCACCAGACGGCCGCGUGGCUGCUGCAGGCGUCCUUGGCACUCCUGGGCGGCGCUGAGGCAGAUGCUAGCCGCGAGGAGCGACGCGGAGCGACACGGAGGAGAAACACCGACGCUGAAGAGGCCUGCAGCCCGCGCAGCGAGCGCAAAGGCUGCCGCGUAGCCGCCGCGGCUCUGCUUCGGCGAUUCUUUGGCUGGAGCGCGAGCCCCCACCCUGCGCUGCAGGCGCUCGCGAUCAAGCUCUGGAGGCUCGUUGGCCUCCUCGCGAUGCGAAGGCCCGCCGUGUCUCCUGUCUCUCUCUCCCGACCGCCCUCUGGCGCGCCUGGCGCCGAGGCAGCCAGCCAAACGGAGGCGCCGGGGCGAGGAGGCGCAGGCGCAGCAGGGACGGGGAGUCGCCCCCCCGCGCGCCGCUCGCCUUUGGGAGCGGCUGCCGCGAGCCUCCUCGACGCGCUCUUCCUGCUCGCCACCCGGCCGCCGCCUGGGGGCUCGACUCUCCCCGGAUUCGAGAGACAAGACGCUGCUGGGCGGGCCAAAGCCCCAGACGGGCCUCACGGCGACGCGGAGUCUCUGUCGCCUCUGCUGUCGCAGUUUGCGCCUUCAGUGGGGCAGACACAGCUUCUGUCGUGUCUGGGCGCCGCGCUGGCGAAGGCGAGCGACACGGCUCGCAUGGAGCUGCUCGCCUCGCGUCUGCUGCCCUACGCUCAGCGCACGGUCUCCUCUGUGAAGGAGACUGGCGCGCAGCCCUUUCUUCCAGGCGCAGAAGCGGAGACAGGAGGCACGCGCGGGGCGGGGACCCAGCAGGCGCAGGGGCUGGGCGAGUGCGCGGUCGCGGCGGACACGUCGGCGCUGAUGCUUCUCGAGAUCCUCGCGAACAUCCCCGCGUCCCUGCUCACGCGCGAGCCUCAAAGUGUUGCGAAGAUCGGCUGCUUUGAGACCUCCGCGCCCGCGCGCAUGCCCUGCGACCGGCUGAGCGAGAGAGAUAGUCUCGAGUCUCUCUCCCGCGAAGGGGCGAAGGGGGCGAGCACCUUACUCGGGUGUAUGGACAGCUUGUUGGAGGCUCUCCUGGAAGUCGCGUUUGAGCGCGCGGUGUCUCAGCAGAGCAAACGAAGCGAAAGUGAAGAUGGCGGGCGCGGGCCCUCGCCUGGGGUUCAACAAAAGAUCGACGCGGCGCUUCGUCAGGUCGCGCGAGAGGAGACGCUGCGCCGGCUGCAGGUCUCUGCAUCCCUCUCUUCCGCGUCGGCUUCCAACGGCAGCGCCUCAGCGGCUUCCGAGGGUGCGAUGGCGGUGGAGAGACUUGAUGAAACAGACACGCGCACGCCCCUCGCAACAGGAAAUGGAGUCGCUGCAGAAAGCGUCUCGCCAGCCGCGGAGGCUCAAGCGACAGAGGCUGUCAGACGUCUCUUUAACGCGGAAGACUUGCGCGAGGCCCUGCGAGGUGUCUCUACACCGGACGUCGAUGAAGAGCGGAUUGCGGUUGAGUUAGUCUGUCGCUUCUGCGUCUCAGUUCUCGCUUGGGGCGAGGGGGGCAGCCUGGCGGCGCUUGUCGUCGCGCAGCACUCCGUGGAGCUCGCGUCCUUCCUUGAGCACUAUCUCUGCUGCCCGGCGCACUUCGCGCGAGGUGUUUUCUCUCAGGGCUCGUGCGGGAAUCCGCGCGAGGAAGCGGAGGGGGGCACGCCUGUUGCUCUCCUCUUCGCCGCCGCUCUCGCCGUCUGCUGCUGCGCAUGCGUGGAAGAGGGAGAAAGUCGAUUGGGGGCGGAAAAGCAGAGGCAGAUCGCGGAAGGGCGCGAGGGCAACCUCCCGGGGAACGAGGAGACGGCUGAGGUGCGCAGAAGUCGAGAGAGACUCGUCUGGGUGAUCGAAGGCAGCCUCAACUCCAUGCUGCGAAGAAGUCCAGCCUUCAUCCUCAGAGUUCUUAUUAAUGCCGUCGUAUUUGUCGGCACGAGAGUUCCCAGCUGCCCGUUUCUCUCGCGCUUGUUGGACGCCGCUGCAACCUCCGUCGCUCGACUCGAAACGAGCCUCCCUGCGCUUCCUCGUCGUGUGCUCCUAACGUGCAUCGCCGCGAUCCGCGAUGAGAGGGGAGGAGCCGAGUCGACUCCCCUCCCUCCCGGUCGGCAGGUUGGCGCCGGUGUACGUACACCGCCGUCCCCCAGCGGAGACGCUCGGCGAGGACCAAAGAGUGGGCAGGCAGGCGAGGCAGGUCACGCGAGGCGCGCGGGGCUCCAGGGCGAAGGCGCAGCGCCGGCAGAGAGAUGGCGACAAGAAGAGACAGACACAGAGGGGGGCGACCGGCUGCAGCGCGUUCUUCGAGAGGCUGAGGCGACGCUGCGUCGCGGGAUUCCGCGGUCGUGGUACGAGGAGACCCCGGCGGCUUCAGAGAAAAGCGAGCGCGAGGCAAGACACGACGUGUUUGCGAAGGACGACUGCGAAAAAGGAGGACAAAGGAAAACGAGAGGAAAGCACGGGGAGGAGAGAGCAAGAGGCUGGAGGGACAGCGCUGGAGAUUCCAGCGACUCGUCAGCAGAGAGAGGAAAGACAAGGAGACGAGAAGCUUCCUUGAGAGGAGACUUCCUCCGGUCUGUAUUCACGCGUCUGCGCGAGACGGCCCGCGUGAUAGAAAGCCGCGACGGCGCCGCAGCGACGGAGCUCCGAGACUGUUUGGCCCUUCUCCACGACGAGCUCUUGGCAGGUCCUCUCUAG